CCGCAUUUCCCGAGCACACUCGAGCCCUUUCCUGCGCAUUCUCCGAAGCAUUUAGAGGGAGUUUGAAGAGCGUUUUCUGGUCUACACACUUCCUCCUCUCAAUAAUAGUGCGUGUGAGAGCUUUGGCUUUGAGGAAACUCUGCUGCAUCUCAUCGCAGGAGAGGAUCAACCAGUAUUUUGCAAGACAUAGACGGAAAAUGACACGGUUAAUGCUAAAGAUGAUUCUUCUAGCUUUCCUAGUGACUUUCGUUGCGUGCAACGCGCCGCCUGUUCCGUUAGAUGACAUCGUGAUAGAGAAGACUUCCACUCCGGAGCGAUGUGAGCGAGCGGUGAAAUCUGGAGAUUUCGUUCGCUAUCAUUACACCGGCAUGUUCCCCGAUGGAAAGAAGUUUGACUCUAGUUAUGACCGUGGCACCACCUAUAAUGUGUUUGUUGGUCAAAAGAAGUUGAUUGCUGGAAUGGACAGAGCUUUAUUGGGCAUGUGUGUUAGCGCAAGAUGGAUCAUAAAAAUCCCCCCUCAGCUUGCCUACGGGAAAGACGGUUCUGACUCGAAGCACACGCGGGUUGCCAGGUUGAGGACAAGCAACAGGAACGAGCAAACUGACAAUGGCAAGCGACGAGCCUUUCACUAUGACAUCAUCCCCCCAGAUUCUAUUCUUCACUUUGAUGUGUUAAUGUUGGACGUUUGGAACACAGAAGACAAGGUGCAGACACAGACCUACUAUAAGCCAGAGAGCUGUGACCGCACUGUGCAAGUGUCUGAUUAUGUACGUUACCACUACAAUGGUACUCUGCUUGAUGGCACGCUUUUCGACUCCAGUCACACACGCAUGCGCACCUAUGACACUUAUGUUGGGAUAGGCUGGCUCAUUGCGGGAAUGGACCAGGGGCUUUUGGGAAUGUGUGUGGGAGAAAAGCGCAUCAUCACCAUGCCACCCUUCCUUGGCUAUGGAGAGAAUGGGGAUGGAAGUCACAUCCCUGGUCAGGCCUCUCUGGUGUUUGAUGUGGUUCUGUUGGACCUUCAUAACCCCAAAGAUGAAAUCACUGUAGAAGUGCAAAACAUUCCAGAUCCCUGUCCACGCAAGAGCAAAGUUGGCGACUUCAUGCGUUACCAUUAUAAUGGAACCCUGCUGGAUGGGACAUUCUUUGAUUCCAGUUACUCAAGGAAUCGCACAUAUGAUACCUACAUUGGUAAAGGCUAUGUAAUCAAAGGAAUGGACCAGGGGCUCCUGGGUGUGUGUAUUGGAGAGCGCAGGAGGAUUACUAUCCCACCACACCUGGGAUACGGAGAAGAGGGCACAGGAACCAAGAUCCCUGGCUCAGCUGUGCUGGUGUUUGAUGUCCACAUUAUUGAUUUCCACAACCCAUCUGACAAGGUUGAGAUCACCAGUGUGAAGCCAGAGAAUUGCACCUACAAUGCAAAACGUGGUGACUUUGUCAAAUACCACUACAAUUCCACUCUCAUGGAUGGCACUGACAUUGGAUCCACGCACACCUUGGGCAAAACAAAUAAUGUGGUUCUGGGGGCUGGACAAGUGGUCCUAGGCAUGGAACAAGGGCUUAUAGGAAUGUGUGUUGGAGAGAAGCGCAAGCUAGUUAUUCCACCUCACCUUGGCUAUGGAGAGAGGGGAGUCGAUGGGGAGGUCCCUGGCAGUGCUGUGCUGGUGUUUGAUGUUGAGAUGAUGAACCUGGAGGAGGGACUUCCUGAGGGCUACAUGUUUGUGUGGAACAGUGAUGUCUCUCCUGACCUUUUCAAUGAGAUGGACAAGAACAAAGACUCACAUGUGGAUCCCAGUGAGUUUUCAGAGUACAUUCUUCAGCAGGUAGAAGAGGGCAAAGGUCGUCUAGCGCCAGGUUUUGAAGCUCAACGCAUCAUAGAGAACAUGUACAGUAACCAGGACCGCAACAAGGAUGGGCGAAUCACAGAGGAUGAGUUUAAACUCAAGGAAGAUGAAACCACUCAUGAUGAGUUAUGAGGUCGGACUCAGGAAUGGAGGGGCGUGAUUGGUUGUAUGGUUAAAUAUUAUAAGAAGUGGAAGUGAAGUGUCACUUAGUGCUGUUGAUGUUGUGUUUUGAUGUUUGUCUGAGAGAAGUAUGCAUAUAUGAGUGUGCUUAAUUGUGUUUAUAUAUGAUUGUUUUGUAUAUGUCUGAGUGUUUGAAAGAAUCUGGAUUGAUACAAAUGUGCAAAAUGUUAAUUUGUAAAAAAUAUCCCUUAAAAUAAACACAUUCCAACCCCCAAUGGGUUUAACUUUAACUAUUUUAUUACUAUAAAAAUAUAUACUGAAAAAGUUGUCACCUGCAAUUGUUACCUCAAAGAUCUAUUUCUACUUGAUAGAAAUAUAUCAAAUAUAUACUGAAAAAGUUGUCACCUAUGCUG